GCGUUGGCUUUGCUUUCCAUAUCCAAGAAGGACUUACUGGCGCUGGACUUCGAGGGCGUUCUCAAGUACUUCCGCGUAUCGCUGCCCAAGAAGUUCCGCACUGAAGAGAACGGCAAAUAUCUGUUGCGGACAGCAGUGGCCAUCAAAUUGAAGAAAUUAAAGAAAUACGAAAAAGAGUAUCAAAUAUGGAAAGAGUCGACAAAAGUGGAGAAUCCUAUCGAUAGACUCGAGAAGGAAAACAAGAGAUUAGUGGACUCGACGUUAAGACUGGAACAGGAAAACGACGAUUUGGCCCAAGAAUUGCUCACCACUUGUAACUCAAAGAUCAGAUUA